AUGUCGAGUUUGGACAGUUUCAUCAUGUUUGCCAGGGACCAAGAAGCAUUGAUUAAUAUGAAAGUUCAGGACAAUUCGACCCCAGAGGUGUGCAUGGCUGUGAGAUCUAACUUGGCGAAGCUUAGGACAUUCCAAAUGGAAUAUGACAUUGCUGCUGGAAAGGGCAGGCUGCCUGGUGUAUUCGCAAGGCAAUAUGGUGUGCAGGUCGCUCCAUAUGUCAUGCUUCGUGAUCCAAAUAUGAAUGAAAUCGAAGUGAAAGUCGAGAAAAAAAAUGGGAGAGUGUAUUUUACUGAAGGUUGGAGUAAGCUGCAUAAUUUCUACAAUGUUGGUGCUGGAUCUUGGAUGACGGUGGUAUUUGCGAAUAGAAAUCUUUUUCUGAUUAGGAUGAAUGAUCUUUAUGGGGAUGAGAUUUUUUAUCCAUUGAACAAUCCUCCAUCGAGAUUGACCCUGCAACAUGGAGCUGCUGAGUUUCCAAGUGUUGCAUGUGCCCCACAUGUUCUUUUCCUUCCAACCUCAUUUUAUCACUCUUAUGCGAAGCCACUGACAAAGGAUGAUGUAAUGUCUGGAAAAUUGCAUAAGUUGGGGUGGUUAGGAUUCUGUCAGGCUGCAUUUCCUGCUCAAGAGUGUCAGAUGACUGUUGUUGACUACCUGGGAUAUAGCUGGAAAUGCCCUCUGAAGUUGCACUUGACUGCAGACAUGACUUGCAGUCUGUCCGGUGACUGGAGGAAGAUUUGCAAGGCGCGCAAAUUGAAGAUUGGUGAUACUAUCAAGUUUGGGGUCACUCAACAGUGCAACAGUACUGUCCUAUACAUGUCUCCACCACCUAUGAUGGUCCUUCGCACUAAUCUUCCACCAUCAAAGGACAGUACCCUUUCACGACAUGUUUUCACCGUUGAGAAGUUCUUCUGGAUGAAUUGA